UUACCUUAAGUCUUUCAAACGACUAGUCAAGCAACAGCUGACAGUUAUUUAGUAGACUUUUAAAGACAUUUUCAACAUCAUGUCUGAUUUGAAGGAUCUCGAGACCAGCAGGGGUGGUAUUCUGCGAAAGCAGACUUCUGCCCCUUCAGGUUCUCGGGUAACCUUCGCCCGUCCGCGGGCUGAACCGGAUGUGGAAUUGAGCCAUUCAGUUGGUAGAUGGACUGUGAGCAUGUCUAGACCAGCGCAGGGGCCAGAAAGGACAAGCUGGUUUGUACGAGAUACAUACCAGGAGUUGGCCUACGCUCCAGCCUCAUAUUAUCCAAAGAUGUUUGUCCUCCUGGGAAAAACAUAUGAGGAUGAGGGGGUCCCUGCAGGUGUUAGACAGAAAAAGCUUACAUCAACUGAGAGGCUCAGGAUGUCCAUGACUAGAAUGGAAGCCUCACGAAGGGCCCGUUUAUACUCGAAUGAGGAGGCACGUUGGGCCCUUCUACAGAUUUUGAAAGAUUCGUGUGGCCCUGAAGCUGAUAGACAAGAUAAGAUCACGGGUUCAUCAGCUGAAGGGCUCGUAAGUCUCGUUGAAAGCAGUGGGGAGCGAGAUGAUCAACGAAAGUUGUGCGUCUCUGCCCCCGCAGCUUUCGAAAUGUGGACUGUCCCUCCGGGGACAGUUAAUGAUGAUGAGUUGGUCCCUGCAGGUCAGUCUCUUACCCUGUUAUAA